AUGUCCGGUCUCCAAACUGUGCCCGCCGAUUCUCGCGUUCACGACAAGCCAACCGAGGACCACCAUGUCUCGUCGACCAUCUACGGCUCCCGCCAGGCCGCACAGGGCAUUCCGCGCUUCGAGAUGGCCGAAGACGAGAUGGACCCUCGUCUCGCCCAGCGAUUCGUCAAAGACGAGCUUUUGAUGAACGGCAAUCCCGCCAUGAAUUUGGCCAGUUUCGUGACGACUUUCCAAGAGGCGGAGGCGGAGGAGCUCAUGAAGGAGAACCUCUCGAUCAACUUCAUUGACGUCGAGGAGUACCCAGCGAUGGGCGAGAUCGAGUCGCGCUGCGUCAACAUGAUCGCCCGUCUGUUCAACGCCCCCCUCCACGACGAGGCGGCCGAGGCGGUCGGCGUCUCCACGAUCGGCUCCUCCGAAGCCAUCAUCCUCGCCGUCCUCGCCGCCAAGCGUCGCUGGAAGAACAAGCGUCUCGCCGAGGGCAAGUCCGUUGACAAGCCCAACAUUGUCAUGUCGUCCGCCGUCCAGGUCUGCUGGGAGAAGGCGGCGCGAUACCUCGAGGUCGAGGAGAAGUACUGGUACUGCAGGCCGGGCAAGUACAUCAUCGACCCGCAGGAAGUCGUUGACUUGGUCGACGAGAACACCGUUCUGGUCGUCGGUAUCCUGGGCACGACGUACACUGGGCAGUACGAGGACAUCGAGACGCUCAACGAGCUUCUCGACAAGAAGAACAAGGAGAAGGGCUUGAACUGCACGAUCCACGUGUGCGGUUACCGCGACGCGGCAUCGGGCGGCUUCGUCGUCCCGUUCGUCAACCCGUCUCUCAAAUGGGAUUUCCGCGUUCCGCUCGUCUCGUCCAUCAACACGUCGGGACACAAAUACGGAUUGGUCUACGCUGGUGUUGGCUGGGCUUUCUGGCGAUCCAAGGAGUACCUGCCUGAGGAGAUUCUCUUCACGGUCAACUACCUCGGCUCGCCGCAAGUGUCAUUCACUCUCAACUUCUCCAAAUCGGCUAUCCAGGUCGUCGGACAGUACUACCAGCUCCUACGCCUCGGAAAGGCGGGAUACCGCGCGAUCAUGCAGAACCUCGUGCAAAUUGCAGACCACCUGUCCGACGCCGUCGCAAACAUGGAGGACGGCAAGCUCUUUGAGAUCAUUUCCGAGGGUCACGGGCAGAGCUUGCCGCUCGUCGCGUUCAAGCUGCAGGAGGAGAAGCCGUAUGACGAGUUCGCGAUCGCGAGCCACAUGCGGCAGCGCGGAUGGAUCAUUCCCGCCUACACGCUCGCUCCGCACACCGAGAAAAUCAAGGUCCUUCGCGUCGUCGUCCGCGAAGACCUUUCCCGCUCUCGCUGCGACACGCUCAUCCGCGACCUCAAAGCCGCCAUCGACUACCUCGAGAAGGCGCCGGCUGAGGUGCAGAAGCACCUCUCGAACAAGUCCCAGGCGGCGGGCGAGACGACCUCGGAACAUCACGCUGUCGCCCACCGCAACCGUCAUGCGGUUCACUUGCAUGAGAAGCACUCGCUUGGCGGAAAGUACGGCAAGACGCAUGCAGUCUGCUGA